UAAGACACCUCCUUUCUCUAAAAAGCUCUGGGAAAACACACACGUGUGAAACAGCAAAAAUAGUUAAACUUAUAAUACAUAUUGUUGUGGAAUGGCUGCUAGAUAACGUUGCAUUAUUGAAGUUAUUGCCCACAUCUCAUUUUUUGGCCCCUUUCAACAUUUGAACAAUGGCUCUGUUCCUUAUUAAUAGAUACCUUGGGGAUGAAGGAGAUGAUGGCUCCAUAAACGAAUCUCGAGCCAAAGCGUUGUUGGCUAAGCUUCAGAGGAAGGCCAAAGUCAAGGAGCAACAGAGCUUGUCAUGUCAAGAAGAAUAUCAGUCAAAAACAACAGUUGAGAAUGACGGGGACACCUCGGUGAAGAAGAAAAGAAAAAACAAGGGAGGCAACCUCGAUGAGACAAAACACCCAAAGAAGAGGAAAGAGCAAGUAAACCAGGACCCCGAAGAACUUUCCGAGGGUGAUAAUGCACGAAAGAAGAAGAAUACGAAAAAGAUGCAACUGACAGAAGAGCACAAAGAUGGGAUGAAGCAGACAUCUGUCCACAAUAAGAAUAUAAACCUGCAAGAGGCUGCUGCUGCUGACAAAACAGAGCCGCUAAAAAAUGAUGAUGAAAUGGUGGAGAAAAUGCAGACUGACCAGUCAAUACAAGACACAGAAACAAGUCCCUCUCAGACUGGUUUCACCAUACUAGGAGGAUUUGAGAAAAAGAUUAUUCAAAAGGUACAAAGAGUCCUGCCCAAGUGGCUUGCUGAACCAGAUGUAAUCCAGAGAGACAUUACAAGCAACUUAGUCCCCAUCGGUGACGUCCCAGGAAUUUGUACUAAACUCCAACGGAAACUUGAGAGCAAUGGAAUUCAUCACCUCUUUCCAGUACAAGCGGAGGUCAUCCCAGCCAUUUUAGAGAGUGUCUCUCAUGGUCUAUUGAUUGGAAGAGGGGGCUACAAACCCAGAGACAUUUGUGUGUCUGCUCCAACGGGGAGUGGCAAGACUCUGGCAUUUGUCAUACCUGUUAUUCAGGCACUGAUGGAGAGCGUUGUAUGUGAAGUCCGGGUUUUGGCAGUGUUGCCCACCAAAGAGCUUGCACAGCAGGUUUGCAAAGUAUUCAGUUCAUAUGCGGAGGGCAACAGCUUGAAAGUGGUCAUGCUUGCUGGUCAAAAGUCCUUUGCCGCCGAGCAAGCAUCGCUCUCAGAAAACAGAGGUGGAAUAAGCCACAGUUUGGCAGACAUUGUUGUCGCAACCCCUGGGAGACUAGUUGAUCACAUCAAUAAGAAUGAUGGUUUCAGUUUGGAACACCUCCGCUUCCUUAUCAUUGAUGAGGCAGACCGGAUGAUUGACAGCAUGCACCAGUCUUGGCUCAGUCAGGUGACCAAGGCAGUUUACAGACCCAGGAGAGUUUCUGAAGCAGUCUCAAUCUUCAAGAGGACAGAGCCUGCACCUAUCACAGCAGCGAGCUUGUCACCGCUGCAGAUGCCUCUGCAGAAGCUCCUGUUCUCAGCCACACUGACUCAGAAUCCAGAGAAGUUGCAGCAGCUAGGCCUGCAUCAGCCUAGACUCUUCAGCUCUGUCCACAGUCGGUCAACAACCAACCCCGAGUCUCAAGAGAGGUUUAACUUCCCACAGGGCCUGACAGAAUACUAUGUGCCCUGCACUCUGAGUAAGAAGCCCCUCCUCAUCCUCCAUUUCAUAUUGCGCCUGAAGUUUAGUCCCAUUCUGUGCUUCACCAAUUCCAGAGAAGCCGCUCACAGACUGUACCUGCUAGUGCAUCUUUUUGGUGGAGUGCAGGCAGCUGAGUUCUCCUCACGACUCUCUCCCAAUGAGAGGAAGAGAACCCUCAAGGAAUUUGAACAGGGAAAGAUCCAACUUUUGAUCAGCACUGAUGCUGCUGCCAGAGGCAUUGACAUCAACGGGGUGAAAUGUGUUGUGAACUACGAUGCUCCACAGUUCAUCAGGACUUACAUUCACCGGGUUGGAAGAACUGCAAGAGCGGGAAAGUCUGGACUGGCCUUCACAUUUCUGUUGGGGGUACAGGAGAAUAAAUUUAUUCAGAUGGUGAAGGAUGCAGGCAGCCCUGGGAUCCACAAACAGAUAGUCAAGCCUGGGAAUCUGAAGAGCAUGGAACCCCGCUAUCAACAGACACUACUGGAGUUGGGGAAUACCAUAAAGGGUGAAAAGGCCAAGAAGCGCGUCUAACACAGUGACUUGAGUCAAUAUAGUGUAAUAUUGUUCCUUCUCUUGUGACAGGCAAAACCAGUGGUCAGCAUGCACAUAAGAUUUGGUUCCAGGUGCAGACUUUUGUAUGAAAUGUUUGUUUUUCUCAAAUAAAUAUGGGACAUGUCAAUUAAUCUUUGUUUUUGAUGAAACAAUCCAUUGGCUCGAUGUUAAACACGGCUGCGCAUGGCUAGCAGAGUUCACAUGGCCCACUGAACAAUGACCUGUUGCAAAAUGAUAGGCCCAUGAUGUCAAUCCCCAGCACAUUUGUUUCCUUGGAAGUUGUGUGACCGUAUGUUUUUCGUUUCACGUUGGUUGUGGGAACAAAGCAUUAUGCUUCCUGACUGGUAAAAAUGUUUUUUAAAUGUUCUGAGAACAGAAGUAAAAAAAAUCCAUGUUAUAAAAAUGUUUAUUUUUAGGUCACAGGGAGGUUCUGAGAACAUUUUACUUUUGUUCCUUGAAAGUUUUCCUGGGAGGUUUUGUUGAUUCUCUGAAAAAAUUAAUUCUACAUUAUUUUAAUGACUUUCACUCAAUGUUAAGCAAGUGGUCAUGACUCUAACACUGCUAGUUUAUUUGGGGUUAACUUUUUUGAACUACAGGCACAGUUAAAAUGCAUGAAAAUUAAUUUCCUUGGGCAUUAAUCACACAGACAAUUUUCUUUCUGUUUUAUUGUGACAAGGCAUCAGUGAGAGAGGUUUGUAUGAUCUUUUGUUUUCUAUCCAUGGAAUUAGUCCACUGCGCCACCAGGAAGGAGCUUGCAUGCCAUGUUCUUUUUAGUCUAUUCAAACAGACCCCAUUUCAUAGGAACCAAGCGCUCAUUAUGAUCAGGUGUGGCCAAUUAGUGGGCCAAUACACCUGAGCACACUUAACAAGAUUAAGGACAGUUUCGUUGAUGCUGAGACUGGAUUGUAUGUUUUUAAGUAACAUUCUUAGAACAUUCUCUGAAUAUUACCCAAGUUUCUUGUGUUUUUUAUGGAAAGUUUUCUUAAUGUUCUUAGAUCAAUUUGAGAACACGACUUUAAAUAGAACCAUGAGGAAACCGGUAUGAAACAUUAGUCUGCUAAAUGACAAAUGUAAAUGCUGAAGUACUGAAAUUCCCACAGAAUGUUUUUUUUUUUUUUUUUACAUUCUGAACUUUUGAGAACAUUCCCAAUGUCGAACCAGUUGGAGAAUGUUCCUAGAACAUUCCCAACAUUGAAAUGAAAUGUAAUAAAUGUUUGACUUUU